UCACCCGGCAUCACGCGCCGGCUACGAUGGCGAGCUCGGCGCUGCCCCGGCUGAGCGCGCGCUACGUCGGCUGCCUGUGCGCCGAAGCCAGCAGGCUGCAGUGGGCGGGCGUCGCGAGGCGACACCGGUCGUCGCGCCAGCUCUCGCCGGCUCGCGCGCGCCUGCCGCAGCGGUCUUCUGAAAGAAAUCGUUCUUGGGUUCCCAAAGCAUUCGAACUGUUGGAAAAGGACGAUAUGGUUCAACAGAGUACCGUUAACAGAUCUCAUGACCAAGACAAAGCCACCAACGCAGAAGAUGUCCUCUUUGACAUGUUCAAGAAUGAGGAGGAUGGUCUGCUUCCUAUUGGUAGAUUUUUAGCGGCACUCCGGAGUACAGGACUACGAAAAAACGACCCAAGACUUGCAGAGUUGAUGGAAAAUCUGAAACAGGUUCACAGGAAAUCCAAUAUGGAAGGAGGGUCACCAGAAACACAAAAGUUGGACAGAAUCACUUUUCGGAGUGUUAUUUCAGCGAAUAUCGUCCUGAUAUCGAGAGCAUUCAGACAUCAAUUCAUCAUUCCAGAUUUUCAGGGUUUCACCAAGCACAUUGAAGAUUUCUAUUGGAAAUGUAAAUCAAACAUUGAAGGAAAGGUAGCAAGUUACAUCCCGCAGUUGGCACGAAUGAAUCCUGACUAUUGGGGAGUAAGCGUGUGCACAAUUGAUGGGCAGAGAUUUUCAAUCGGAGAUGUAAACAUUCCAUUCACACUUCAGUCAUGCAGCAAACCGCUGACGUACGGCAUUGCUCUGGAAAUGCUGGGUUCUGACCUGGUACACCAGUAUGUCGGCCAAGAACCGAGCGGCCGUAACUUCAACGAGCUGGUUCUCGAUUAUAACAAAAAACCACAUAAUCCUAUGAUUAAUGCUGGUGCGAUUUUGGUUUGCUCGUUACUAAAAACAUUAGUAAAGCCUGAGAUGACAUUGGCAGAAAAAUUUGACUUCACUAUGAAUUACUUCAAGAGAAUGGCUGGCAGUGAGUACCUGGGCUUCAAUAAUGCUGUAUUUCUGUCGGAGAGGGAAGCAGCAGACAGAAACUAUGCACUCGGGUUCUACAUGAGAGAACACAAGUGUUACCCAGAGAAAACGAACCUACGAGAAUGCAUGGACUUUUAUUUUCAGUGUUGCUCCAUGGAAGCCAACUGCGACAGCAUGGCAGUGAUGGCCUCAACACUGGCAAAUGGAGGAAUAUGCCCGAUAACCGAAGAAAAGGUUCUGACGCCUGACUCUGUGAGGGACGUGUUAUCUCUCAUGCACAGCUGCGGCAUGUACGACUACUCGGGACAGUUUGCUUUCAAGGUUGGCCUUCCAGCGAAAUCAGGUGUUUGUGGUGGGAUGCUCGUGGUGAUUCCCAAUGUCAUGGGCAUUUGCUCAUGGUCGCCGCCGCUCGAUCCCUUAGGGAACAGCUGUCGGGGUGUCCAGUUCUGCGAGGAAUUGGUAAGAGAAUUCAACUUCCACAGGUAUGACAACUUGAAGCACGCCACCAACAAGAAAGACCCACGAAGGCACAAGUAUGAGACUAAAGGUCUGAGCAUAGUAAACCUUCUUUUCUCAGCAUCUUGUGGAGAUGUCACGGCUAUGAGAAGACACAGGCUAUCUGGCAUGGACAUGACUUUGUCAGAUUAUGACGGCCGCACAGCCCUGCAUCUUGCCGCGUCCGAGGGUCACUUGGACUGUGUAAAAUUCCUCCUGGACCAAUGCAACGUGCCACACAACCCCAAAGACAGGUGGGGUAAUCUGCCCAUCGACGAAGCAGAAACAUUUGGCCACGCAGAAAUUGUACAGUUUUUGAGAAAUUGGGAAGACAAUCAUGCUGAGAAGACUAAAGAAGAUAGCAUUAAAAAUUCAGAAGAAGGGUCGCUAAUACCGUAAAUUAUUGCCAUGUAUAUCAAAUAAAAUUAUUAAAUAGUAUCUUAAAAAGUGAAAACAUGCAAGAA